AUGCUGACCCUACGCAAAGAGGAUAUGUACAUCGAACAACUGCUUGAAGCGGAGGAUUUGCACGACUUCGGUCGUUGCCUGAAAAAGAUAGGAAAGUAUCUGGGGGAAAGGGAUGUCAUGACAGAUGAAAUCUUCAACGUAAGAAGAAAGCCAGAAGAGUCGCUCCUGACAUUCUUUAAACGCCUCACCCUGGUAUACGAAGCCUCUUCUAGGCAUAGCUUGAAGUCCGAUCAAACAGCAGCGUUUCUUUACCCAUUAGUAAAAAACAAUGCUACAAGAACUCAAAAGAUUGAGCUUAGCAGAGUGCUAGAGGUCAACGGAAAGUACAAAAAUGCGAUUACCUACGCACGCUUGGAAUCCGCGAUAAAAGUAGCCCAAAUAAUGGACGACUCAGUCUUCAAUCCGGACCAAGCUUAA